AUGAUCAACUUCCGUGUGCAGGUGCCCAAGUUUGCUAGGGGCAUCGUGACCCCAGCAGCGAAGACAGUGCCUGCUGCAUUACAUCUCAAGACGGGGCAGACGUUUAAAGGACGCUCGUUUGGCGCGGAACGCAGUGUCUGGGGAGAGACGGUCUUCUCCACAUCCAUUACUUCCUAUACCGAAUCUAUGACCGAUCCAUCCUACAUGUACCAGAUCCUGGUGUUUACCACGCCUCUGAUAGGCAACUACGGAGUGCCGAAGAACGACGCAGCCACAGACAAUUGGGAUGUCGGUGUCGUCCUCGAGUCCAAGGGCAUUCAGUGCGCCGGGGUGGUCGUCGCUGACGUAGCGGAACGUUACUCGCACCACGCCGCGGUGGAAAGCAUCGGGGACUGGUGCAAGCGGUCCGGCAUUCCUGGGAUAACGGAUGUCGACACGCGUGCUAUCACCACUCUCCUCCGGGAUCAGGGGACGACACUCGGCCGCUUGGCCAUAGGGCAGGAUGCGCUCCUCCUCCCUCCGGCGGCUGAAGAGUAUUGGGACCCAUCAUUCGACAACCUCGUUGCCGAAGCGUCAACAAGCGAUUCCUACGUGCUCAACCCGGACGGCGACGUCAACAUCGCCGUGCUAGACUUUGGCGCGAAGGCCAACAUCCUCCGCUCUCUUGUUAGGCGCGGGGCGCGCGUUACAGUUUAUCCCUGGAACUUCGACUUCAAUACCGUCCGCGACCAGUUCGAUGGCAUGUUCCUCACCAACGGGCCUGGGGACCCGAAGCACGCCAAAGCCGCUAUUGCCAACGUCCGCCAGACACUGAAAGAAUGGGACCGCCCAGUAUUUGGUAUCUGCAUGGGGCAUCAGAUUAUCGGCCUUGCCGCCGGGCUCGACGCAUACCGGAUGACAUUCGGGAACAGGGGGCAUAACCAGCCUGUCCUGGCGCUUGCGGAUAGUGGCAGUAUCCGCGCUGGCCGGGUAUAUGUCACGAGCCAGAACCACCAGUAUGCGCUCACAUUGCAGGACCCGUUCCCCAAGGGCUGGGAACCGUUCUUCAUCAACUGUAACGACUCCAGCGUGGAGGGGAUCAAGAGUACUGCUGAGAGCGGUAAGAAGGUCUGGGGCGUACAGUUCCACCCUGAGAGCGCGGGCGGGCCACUGGACACCAUAGAGAUGUUUACGGACUUUGUUCAGGAGUGUCGGGCGGAUAAGGAGGCUAGGAAGGGAGGCCAGGUUGGACUGGGAGACGCGGUUGCCAAUGCGGGGCUGUUUGCGGUCAUGGGGGGCUUGUUUAGCGAGUGAUUAGAGGAAGGAAUGUACCGUGAAUGAAUCUA